AUGAGGAUUGCAGAUGCUCUACUUUUACUGAGCCUACCUUUUGAAGGACUGGUUUUCUUCGGAACUAUUAUGGGUUGGCCAAGUCUCGCGGAGGUUCUGAAACAAGUCAGUGUCUACGAAGAUUUGUGCGACUUGAAUUCAAACGCCACAGUUGUGACCAACGGAAUCGUCAACUGCAACGAGCGAGACAUAAUCUUCAGCACAGCGGGGACCAUUGGUGGAUUUUCCAUGAAUUGCAUGGCCCUCCUUUUUGGAUAUAUCCUGGACAAAAAAGGACUUCUAAUUAGCCGUGUAUUGAUGACAAUUACUGUAACGAGCGGUCUCCUGUGUUUGAUGUUUACGCCUCAAGUAAACUGGCUCAUGUUUCCGGGGAUAUUUUUAAAUUCGGCUGGAGGAUACGGAUUCGUUCUUACCAAUGGAACGAUGGCGACGCUCUUCCCUUAUUUCGCAGCUAUUGUUCUUGUCAUCGUUCAAAGCAUCUUCCAGAUGUCCAGCUCCUUCUUCAGAAUUCAAGCAAUGAUUUUCAACUCUGGAGUAUCAUAUCAAUGGAUUGUGGCGAUAAAUAUCUUACUGACGAUUCCAGUGUGGAUUCGAACGCUUUUCCUGUUUCCUGAGGGUCAUUUCAUUUACAAAAAUGAUAUCUUUCCAAGCACGUUUUUUGGUAAACGGCUUCUCUGCAGAUCAAACAAAAUAGACGAUUCCGAGAAAAUAGCGCCAGACCCUGAUCAAGAGCUCCUAGAAUCAACUGAGGGGUUGUCUUUUUAUUUCAAAGACGCCACUUAUUUGGUAAUGGUUCUUUGGAUAACAACAGCGAGCAUCUUUACCCUUUGCUGUCUUUUCACGUGGAAUGCUUAUGCGAGAAUGGUCGCGGGAGACAACUAUCAAAAACACGUGGACAACUUUGGCAGCAUCGCAUGGACACCAGCGGCGUUCGGCCUCGUCUGCGGCCCUAUUUCAGAUUUGUUGACAAAAUUUUUCAAAAACAAGUCGCCGGAUUUUGGAAAAAUUUUGGGCGUUUUGAUGUUUGUCGUUGUUGAUUUAAUUGUGGGCAUCAUUUUAUGCGCCUUUCAGGUCACUUUCAAAGAAGAAAAUCUUCUACCAAUAAUUUACUUCUACAACAUGUACCGAGCGUUUCAUUCGUCAGUUCCAGCAAUAUUCGUGAAAUUCCUCUUUCCGCCUCAAUUCUUUGGAAGCCUCGUCGGCUUUGUCAGAUUCUCGCUUGGCAUAACAAGUUUGUUUAUGCUUGGCCUGCCGGAGAUCCCGAAAGAAUAUGGCGAAAGUGGCUUCAAGGGAAUUUUCUAUUUUCAUAUUGCAUCACAAGUCGCUCUGAUAUUUUUCCCUAUAAUGUUAAUCAAAAAAUUGAAGGAAAUGCAAUAA